GCCAGCAGAGUGGCAGAGACCGAGCCGAGACGCUACUGAAGAACUCGCCAUGAAGGACGAGGCUGACAAGCACAGCGCGUAAUAUACGUAGAUGUCAGGUUAUUCGCCGGCGACACACAAGGGGAGAGAGAGCAGCUCAGCGUGGCAUUCAGCGAUCCAGUAGACGAAAUGGCGGUGAGUCAAAGGGUUUUCAACUCGACGGCGCCAUUCGUCGAUUUGCCCAAAGCCAAGCUGAAGGACUCGUGCCCGUCGAGCUCCAGCACGGAGCAGGAGGCAGAGGAGGAGGAGGAGGAAGGAAAGGACAGCAAAAUGGUCCUCAUUGCUGAAAAUCCGACACUUAGCAAACUCCUGACGCGUGGGACCGCAGAACAAGUGGGAGAAAUGCCCUUUAAGACCUCAACGAUCGUCGCUCAGGCAGAAUGUGAAACCCAGGACUCCCAGGCAUUCAGUCCCUCCUGUUCUGAACGAAGCUUUCCGGGCUUCUCUCCUAAUUGCUACAGCAGUACUUCAUACGAGCAAAACAACGUGGCGUGCCUGACGCCGGCCUCCGUCCAGGAGCCGAGCGGCGCACCGGCGCUCCUCACCCCGAGGAAGAAGACUCGAAGGAGACUGAAGCGCAAAGGGAAGAGGAAGAAGGUGGAGAAGCCGCCGGUAAAGCAGCGGCAGAGACACAAGACGUCCUCCGGCGUGCCCGAGCAGGAGAGCGGGAGGUCUAUGGUCCAGAUCGUGGAGCCGUCAGUUGGGGUGAGAAGCGGCCUCAGCACUUCCUGCAGCAGCAGCAUCGAGAGCUCGGAGGAGCGGGACCGGGGCCUUCCUCCGUACAGCCAGCAGGUCUCCACCUUCACGGGCUCCAGCUGCGCCCCCCUCGACUGGUCCUAUCAGGGGGCGAGCCUCCCCUCCGGCCUCCAGUCCUACGAGCGGAGCUGCAGCUCGGACUCCCUCAGCAGCGUGGGAGACUGCCCGCUGGCCGUGGCCGGCCUCCGGGGCAGCGUCAGUCAGGGUGACCGGUGCUACGCCAGACCCCUUUUCAAAGCCGUGGAGAGGGAGUUCAGGGAGGAGGAUGAGCUCUGCAGAGCGGACUCCGUCAAAAACGAGGGACUUAUCUUUUACAUCGAGAAUAUUCAGCUUGUGGACUCUGAAUACAGGGAAGGCCGAGAGUAUGUGCUCUCAAAGUUUAUCAAGCAAGGUUCGUUCGGUGAAGUACACAGUGCUCAAGAUGUCAACACAGGAUUCAAAUUCGCUGUCAAAAAGAUUGACCUGAAGAAGUUCAGCAGUGAGGAGGUGGGUGCGUGGAGUACCUGCAAAUCUCCUCGAGUGGUGAAACUCUUAGGAGUGGUCAGAGAGGGGCCCAGCAUUUCUCUCUUCAUGGACCAGAAAUCUGAGUCUCUGGGUCAGCUGAUAGUGAAGCGCGGCCGGCUGCCCGAGGAUUUAAGUCUCCACUACCACUCUCAAGUCUCCACCGCGCUGGAGUACUUGGCGAAGAAAAGAGUGGCUCAUCUGGAUAUUAAAGCUGACAACGUGUUGCUGUCGGAGGACGGGAGAGACACCUUCCUGUGUGACUUCGGACACGCAGAGAGACUGGACACCCAGGGACAGAGCCUCAGUCGGUCCAAAGAGCUGAAGGGCACGGAGACCCACAUGGCCCCUGAGGUGGUGAGGGGGGAGCCCCGCGGAGCCAAAGCAGAUGUGUGGAGCAGCUGCUGUAUGUUACUGCACAUGCUCAAUGGGUGUCAGCCCUGGACCAGAUACUACACCUGCAGACUCUACCUGAAGAUUGCCAACGAGCCCCCGCCCCUGAGAGAGAUCCCCCCCGACUGCAGCCCCCUCACAGUGGAAGUGAUCAAGGCGGGACUCCAGAAGGACCCGGUCAAGAGAUCGUCAGCGUCGGAUCUCAGAGAGAAAACGGACAGAGCUCUGAGAGAAGUGGGCGGGCUCAGCAACCCUGUGCGGGGUCCCUACACAGAGCCCCUCUACACGCCCAGCAAGCCUCCGGACUGCCUGGAGCUCCUUCAGACCCCCUUCGAGGAUGAACGCCGGGAGUCUGGGAACAGAGUGUCGACGGCAGGGAGGCUGAUGAAGAAGCUGGACCAUGAGGAAAACGCCGAGACGAAGCAGAACCCGCCUCCCGGUCCACAGAUGCUGAUCUCUGAGCCGAACUGCAAGAGGAGCAACAAGGUCAGCACGGUGCCUGAACUGGAGCUGCGCAAACUGGAACGAGAUUUCUACCUGAGCAGUCUGUCGCAGCUUCAUUCAGCGGAGAUGCAGGAGCAGCUCCUGUCCUGUCUCAGCAGCGAUCCGUAUUCCAACUGGGAGCCAUGGGACAAGAAGGACUCCGGCCGCUGGUCCCUGAGCCUCGGAGACGACCUCAGCUCCGGCGUCUUCUCCUCCAACAGUCAGCCGGACGCGCCGGUGUUCAGCGUGGAUCUGCUGGGCCACACUCAAGUGCCGCCGCCCUGCUGCUUUGAAGGUGUGGACGUCUGCAUCCGAGACUUCAGCCGGAGGAGCAUUCGCAUCAGAGAGGCCCGGCGGGUGAAGGUGGGCCACAUCGCCACAGGAAUCAGCGAUCAGAUCUCGGAGAGGGUGUUCACGCUGCAGACCCCGCACGGCUGGCACGUGGCGCACGACGACGAGGUGCAGGACUCUGGCGUGGAGCUGUGCUGCGUCUCCGCCCCAGACUCCAGCCACAGCUGGAGGUGGAGGAUCAGAGACGGGGUGCUGGAGACCAGGUCCAGCCAGCAGCUCUGCUCUCCGCCCGGCAGCGGCCUCAGAUCAGCCAUUGAGGUGUGACCUUCAUCUCUGGUGCCCUGCGCUCUCAUUCGGGCUGUUCAGCCAACAUUUGCUGUUACAUUUCAGCUUUCAGUGUCAUGGUGGAUUUUCUUCCACAGAUGUUUACAUGUUGUGCUUUUUUAUGUCAUGUUUACAUGAACUCAAUAAACAUUGAACUGUG